GAAUGCUCGGCGCAUCUCCUCGCUCAAAUUACUAAUUGACAGGGGACGGAAGGGCUUGGCUGGGCGUUGCGCAUUUCAAUAAGCAGUUGCGGCACGUGAACGAACGCGACCAAAUUUGACCUUUGACUGGUGGUGCCUCCACCAACAUUGCUCGAACAGCACGCUCGGAUCGCGCCGUACGACGCCAAGGACAGGGACAAUGUCGUCCGUCUCGAGGCGCAACAAAGGCCCUGCGGUCUAUGGCAGACGGAACAGGGGCUAUGGACAAAAGAUCACCCAGCACAGCUUGUCGGAAAUUCUGUCGGAUUCAUCAUUUGGUUCUUCGUCCUCGUCUUCGUGCUCGGAAAGCGCAGAUGAAGAUGUGGGGAAGGAAAAUACAUCGUCCCCACCGGCCAAAGCAACGGCAGCGGCAGCGGCAGCUGUCACGAAGUCUGGAGGAGAUUUCAUGGCCGUCAUCGACGCUAAUGCGCAACGGUCUGUGCUGACCCAACGAAACAAGCCGAGAGUACAAUGUAUGGUGGAUCGCGCUGCCAGCCGCAAGGACGUCAUUGAAGGCGGCAAGAGGGAAAAGGAUGAAGAAGAUGAGGUCGAGCAUUUGGUCAACAGCGUCGAGGCUCUCAAAGUCACAAAAUCGCGCGCUCGCAGGGGUGGCCGAAUAGCUUCAUCAUACAGGCGGAAAGCGCAUGUCUCGCCUCGUCAAGAACAGGAGCUGAGCCUCCUUCUGUCCGUCUGUCAACCGCAGAAGUUGGCUCCUCAGCCCUUUGAUGCUCUUUUGGACGAGUUAGAGUCGAGGUGUAGUGAGCCCUCUUGGUUCAAGGUCGGCGAGGCCAGCUAUUCAGAAGUCUUCCGACUGUCAUCGAGCAAACAUGUGCUCAAGGUCAUACCCAUUCAAGCUGCCGACCCGGUCCCCGACCGCAACGAAACUCUUCUCCCAGAAGAGUCUGAUAUCUGCGACGUGAGGCGAGAGGUGCAAAUGACUUCAAGACUCUCGCGGAUACACCCGGGCUUCGUUGCGCUGAAGAGCUCCCAUGUUGUCAAGGGACGUUACCCUGAUCGCCUUCUUCGCUCCUGGAGUCGUUUUGCGGACGAGAAGGAAGAUUGUGAAAAUAUUUGUCCAAGAGUUUUCGGGCCUUCGCAGCUGUACGCUGUUCUGAUUCUCGCCGAAGGUGGUCCAGAUCUGGAGCACGCCAAAUUGACAAAUUGGUGCCAGGCCUCAAGCAUCUUCUGGCAGGUGGCUGAUGCUCUGGCUGCUGCCGAAGAAGCCUGCCAGUUCGAGCAUCGCGAUCUGCACUGGGGAAACGUGCUCGUGGCUUCAGCACGUAAGGGAAAGUCAACCGCUGUCCGAGCAACAAUUAUCGACUUUACUCUUUCUCGAGCUGCAUUCGACAGCAAGGUCACCUCACACACUUUCCAAGACCAAGAGGUCUUUGAGGGUCAAGGCGACUUGCAAUUCGAAGUUUACCGGCAGAUGAAGAUUGCCACAAAAGGCAGGUGGGAGAGCAGCUGUCCACAGACUAACGUCAUGUGGCUUGGCUAUCUGCUCGAUAAAUUGCUCAGGGCAAAGGGCUUGCGAACUCCUCGCAAGGCGACUAAGAAUGAGCGAAGUUAUCAAAGUCUCGUCUCCCUUGGUCUCCACCUCUCUGACUGUACUUCAGCGAAGGAAGUCGUCGAGCGGUGUAUGGAUGCAGCUGCAUGCUAAGUGAUUCUGCAUGACGCAGUGACGCUUGGCCGACUGGAAUACCGAGGGAGCCUUUGAGGGAGGUCGGGAAAAGCGGUCAGGAAAGGCGCUAGCGGGACCAUCAACUUAAAUGUCUCACUAGUCGCCAUUGUUCUCCAUCAUCUUGAAGCUGGACAGCCUCAAAGUGCUUAUCAAACCGAGCUCGGGACUAUCACUCUACUAGCGCCAAUUAAUCUUCUGCCAAAACAGGUGGACGGACAUUCCUUCCGAAGAGGACGAGAGCUGUCAGAAUUGUACUGUCAUCUCGUCGGGCUUCAAUAUGGGUUAUUGGCGCUAAAAAUUGUGAAAAGCCACAACUUUCCUGACGACAUCAGAGAACAAUGGGACUGACUCUACUUUCGUGCAUGCACCGACGACUUGGGUCGUGAUGGGACGAAAAGCAGC